AUGGCUCCCUCACCAGCGGCCGGCAAGACACCUCCUGGCCAAACACCAUCAACGCCAACAAAAUCAAGGAACAAUCCGGCAUCGUCCAAGCUCGGUCAGUCACAAAGCGCCACCGACUCACCUCAAGGUGCCGCAAAACAGGCGAACAACACUCCUAAGAGCGCUGUCAAGAAAGCUCAAGGCGCCAACCCUCCCAAGACUCAGUCUCCCAAACUCGGGCCACCGAGGACGAAGCCUGGCCAAGCUGGUCAGACGGCGAAGGGUGCCGCACCGCAGGCGCCGAAAGCUCCAGCUCAAGCUCAAGCUCAAAAACCUGUCGAGGACACCAAAAAGGAUGUCGAAGACACAAAGGAGGAAGACAAGGGCAUCGACUUGAAGGACAACGACCCUGCCGAUGAAGCCGACAACGAAGAGACCGAUGCUCCCAUGGGCAAAGUCAGUCAAACCGGCAAUGAAACCGGCGAGGAAGCGAGCUCGGCUGUCUCUACCGCUGAUGAUGAUGCCGAGGACGCCGUUGGGGGUGCCAACGAAACUGCCGAAGACACAGCGGAAGACACAGACGUACCGGAUACGGACCAAGCUGAAGAUACGGCUAACGAGUCUGCAGAAGAUGUCACCGGCGCAGCUGGUGGACUUGCAGGCAAAGCUAAAGAAGGUGCGGACGGCGCUGCUGAAAAGGCCCAAGACACAGCUGAAGACGUUGAAGAGAAGGCUGGCGAGACUGCUGAUGGCGCUCAAGACAAAGUCGGUGAGACUGCUGAAGGUGCCGAGGAGACCGCCGGCGAGACUGCUGAUGGCGCUCAAGACAAAGUCGGUGAGACUGCUGAAGGUGCCGAGGAGACCGCCGGUGAGACUGCUGAAGGCGCUCAAGAGAAAGCUGGUGAGACUGCUGAAGGUGCCGAGGAGACCGCCGGUGAGACUGCUGAAGGCGCUCAAGAGAAAGCUGGUGAGACUGCUGAAGGUGCCGAGGAGACCGCUGGCGAAACUGCUGAAGGGGCCGAAGAUGCUGUUGAAGAAGCCGGUGAAGGUGUCGAGGCUCCAGAAGUUGACGGGGUCGAGGAUGCUGCUGAAGGUGUCGCCGACGAACUUCCAGUGGAUCUUUCGGUGCUCAAGGGUCUCGAAGUCGGCGAGGGUGGAGAAAUCCUUGGUGCCGACGGCGAAGCAGUAGGGAAGAUCGAAGAAGGAGACCCGGAGGACCUCGUUGGAAAGACUAUUGCUGAUGACGGAGAAAUUCUCGACGAAGACGGAGAUGUCAUUGGCCGCGCCACUGUUCUCCCCGAAAAAGCACAAGAGCUGGCCGAUAAAGCGAAGGGCGAUCUUCCUGACGUCAAUGUGCUCGAUGGUCUUGAGGUUGGCGAAGGUGGAGAAAUCUUGGGACCGGACGGAACACCACUGGGCAAAAUCACCGAAGGUAAUCCAGAGGAUCUGGUCGGUAUGACGCUGAACGAGAACGGAGAGAUCGUCGACGAAGAUGGAGAUGUCAUCGGCAGAGCUGAGGUCGUGCCAGGAGAGGCCGCCGACAAGUUGAACGAAGCUGGCGAGGAAGUUGGCGAGGAAGUUGGCGAGGAAGUUGGCGAAGAGGUCCCCGAGGUCCCCGAGGACGCCGCCGACUUUGACCAUGCUGCCAACAUCGCCGAGAUCGCUUCGGGACUCACACCAGACCUCUCUAUCCUACAAGGCAAGAAAGUCAACAAGAAGGGCAAGAUUCUUGACGAAGAGGGAGAGGUCAUUGGCCAACUUACCGAAGACUCUGAUCCCAAGAAAUGCGCAGGCAAGAUUCCCAACGAGGAAGGCGAGAUUCUCGAUAAAGAUGGCGAGGUUGUUGGUAAAGUCGAAGUUGUCCCUGGAGAAGCCGCCGACGCUGCCAUGAAGGAACUCCACCCCGAAUUGGUGGAAAAAUUGGAGGCGGCUGAACAGGCUGCGGAAGAGGCUGAACAGGAAGCUGAGGUCCCACAAUUGCCUGGACUCGACAUUUUGGAAGGCUUGAAAGUCAACAAGAAGGGAGAAGUCCUGAAUGAAGACGGAGAGCCCAUUGCUCGUGUCUCUGAGGGCGAGAUAACCGAGCUUGCCGGAAAGAAGAUCAAUGCUAACGGCGAAGUACUCGACAAAGAAGGCAAUGUCAUUGGUAAGGUGGAGCUCAUCCCAGAGGCGUUCCCAGAUGUUCCCGCAGAGGGUGAGGAAGAGGGCGCUGAAGAGGAUGGCGCUGGAGAGGAGGGCGCUGGAGAGGAGGGCGAGGAGGCUGCGGUAGAGGCUCCUCAGCUUCCAGGCAUGGAUAUUCUGGAAGGACUCAAGGUCAACAAGAAGGGAGAGGUCGUCAACGAGGACGGCGACGCCAUCGCCAAGCUGGUUGAGGGUGACCUCGAGGCUUGCAAGGGCAAGAAGAUCAACGCCGGAGGUGAGGUCAUUGAUGCUGAGGGUAAUGUUAUCGGCAAGGUCGAAUUGAUCCCGGAAGCAUUCCCCGACGCCGUGCAGCCCGAAGAGGCGGGACCAGACUUCUCAGUGCUAGAGGGGUACAAGGUCAACAAGAACGGAGACGUAAUCAACGAAGACGGCGAGACACUUGCUAAGCUGGUUGAGGGCGACCUCGAGGCCUGCAAAGGCAAGAAGAUCAACCCGCAGGGUGAGGUCCUUGAUGCCGAAGGCAACGUCAUCGGUAAAGUCGAAUUGGCCGGUGCUCCUGCUGCAGAAGAGGAGGCGGAAGAGACUGGUCCAGAACUUCCUCCACUCUCUUCCAUGGAGGGCAUGAAAUGUAAUAAGGCUGGCAAGAUUGUCAAUGACGAUGGCGACGUCGUCGGUGAACUUGUUGAAGGAGACGUUAAGAAGCUUAACAAGAUGAAGGCCGAACUCGAUGCCGAAGGUCAGUUCUGGGAUGGCAAAGGAAAGGUCAUUGGGAGAGCCGUCACACUUCCUAUUGAGGAGCACGAAGAAGAAUCGCCAUUUGCAGGCCUUGAAGGUCUUGUCGUUGUUGCUGACGGAUGGGUCGAGGACGAGAACCAAAACAAGGUGGGUAUCCUGACUGAAGGCGAUCCCAAGAAAUUGGUUGGUAGGGCAGUGGACGAAGACGGAGACGUCAUCGACAACCGCGGCAAUGUUGUCGGUCACGCUGAACGCUACGAGGAGCCUGAAGAGGAGGAGGAGGUCAAAAUGGAUCUGUCAAUUCUCAAGGGCCUUGCAGUUAACAAGCAAGGCAAUGUCAUCGGUCCUGAAGGCGUCCCAAUCGCUCGUCUCGUGGAAGGCAACGCAAAGGAGCUUGCCGGCAAAAAAUGCGACGAGGAGGGCCAGCUCUGGAACGAUGCCGGCAAGGUCAUUGGACGUUGCGAGCUUAUCCCUGACAAUGAGCGCGAGGCUAAACCUGAAGGUCCUUUCGCCGGUCUCGAAGGCUGUAUUGUUGUCAAAGACGGCAUGGUUGAAGAUGAAGAUGGAAACCGAGUGGGAGUUGUUGUCGAGGGCGAUGCGAAGCGACUUAUUGGCCGGGCUGUUGAUGAAGAUGGAGAUAUCAUUGACAGAUUUGGUAAUGUCAAAGGUCACGCCGAGCCCUACGAGGAGCCUGAAGAAGAGGUUGUCGAUCUGUCUUCCUUGGAAGGAAAGGUCGUCAACAAAGCUGGUAACGUCGUUGAUGAGCAUGGCACAAUCUUUGGCCGUAUUGCCGAGGGUGACCCGGAGGAACUGGCUGGAAAGAAGGUCGAUGGUCAAGGUCAAAUCUGGAACGACAACGGCAAAGUCAUUGGCCAGGCAGAACUCCUUCCAGGAGGUCGAACGCAAGCACCGGAAGGUGCAUUCGCUGGCUUCGAGAACCUCGUUGUGGCCGAUGAAGGUAUGGUGACAGAUGGCGCAGGCCAGAUUGUUGGCAAGCUUGAUGAAGAAUCCAUGCCAAACGCUGAGAAGCUUAGAGGCCGCAAGGUUGACGAGGAUGGAGAGAUCCUUGACAAAGCCGGUAAUAGCAUUGGCAAGGCCAUCCGAUGGAAGCCCGAAGAGAAGGAGAGACGCGUCAAUCCUAUGUCGGGCCACGUGGUCAACAGCAAAGGCGAGGUUCGCGACGAGAACGGUGAAUUGCUCGGAAUGGUUACUGAUGGCCACCUCCCUACCCUCGUUGGCUGCGAGGUCGAUGACAACGGCUAUGUCGUGGACAACGAUGGCAACAAGAUCGGCGAAUGUACACUCAUGGAAAACCUCCCAGAGGACGAGGACGUGGGCCCAACGGAAGAGGAGCUCCAGAAGGCAGAAGAUGCGGAGAUCGCGAAGAAGAUGAACAACAUUGUGCAACAGACCAUUGAAAAGAUGCAACCAGUCUGCAAGAACAUCACCGAUCGCAUGGACAAAGCAGACCGCACGCCAAAGGAGGAGCUUGACGAAGAAGAGCUCGUCAAAGACGUCAAGCCCAUGAUCGAGGAAGGCAACCGCAUUCUGCAAGAAUGCAACGGUGCCAUCCGAGGACUCGACCCAGACGGACACAUUGCUGCCACCGCAAAGGCGCGAGCUGCCGCCGGCGAAGCCACGCCUCAAGAGAAUGCUCUCGCCAACUCGCUCAAGGAGCUCACAUCCACCAUCGUACAGACAAUCGAGAACGCAAAGAAGAAGCUGAACGACAUGCCCCACGCCAAGAAGGAGCUCAACCCUCUAUGGGGCCUGCUCACAGAGCCUCUGUUCCAGAUCAUCGCCGCCGUCGGACUGCUGCUCACCGGCGUCCUCGGUCUGGUCGGCAAGCUGCUCAACGGUCUCGGUCUCGGUGGUAUCGUCAACGGCCUGCUCGGCGGCUUGGGCAUCGACAAGCUGCUCGGCGGACUGGGCCUCGGUAGCAUAGGCAAGUCGCUGGGUCUCGGCGGCGGGAAGAAGAAGUAG